GGCACCAUCGAGGAGCACUCCUUCUCCUUUGACGGCGUCUUUGGCCCGGACGCGUCGCAGCCAGAGGUGUACGAGGCGGUGAUGCGGCCGCAGGUGCAGGCGCUGCUGGAGGGGCGCGACACGCUCACCUUUGCGUACGGCAUCACCAACGCGGGCAAGACGUACACCGUGCAGGGCGGCGCCGCCCCCGAGCAGCGCGGCGUGCUUCCGCGCGCGCUCUGCUCCAUCUUU